CUCAGAUCAUCGAUCAUCAACAUGAAAGUCCUCGCUAGUGGGUUCUUGCUGCUCAAUACUGCAUCUGCAGCUGUCAUCAAAAGAUACAGUACCUAUCAUGGCGUUGCCAUACCUGCGGUACAAGUCAAAAACGGCACCUACACAGGGUACCAUGCUGCUGCUUACAACACCGACAAUUUCCUCGGUAUGCCAUAUGCUCAACCACCAAUCGGCGAUUUACGCUUCCGUAUUCCUCAGUCUCUCAACUCUACCUGGUCUGGCUCGAAGAGUGCUACCGAGUACAGCCCAGAGUGUAUUGGCUAUGGCAGAGAUACCUGGAGUCAAGGCAACUAUGUCAGUGAAGACUGCCUGACACUGAAUGUCAUCAAGCCAGCCGGCUCAUGCGAAAGCCUUCCUGUCCUUGUCUGGAUCCAUGGAGGCGGUCUUGUCAUGGGAGGCAGUGGAGACCGUCGGUACAAUCAGUCUUUCAUCGUCCAGCAAUCUGUUGAAGCAGGCAUGCCAAUCAUUGCUGUCAGUAUCAACUAUCGUCUUUCGUCCUGGGGCUUCUUGUACGGCCGCGAGAUCCAAGAGUCAGGUAAUACGAUGAAUGGGUUCAGAGACCAGCGUCUUGCUCUGCGUUGGGUGCAAGAGAACAUUGCUGCUUUUGGUGGUGAUCCUGACCGUGUCACUAUCCAAGGAGAGUCUUCUGGUGGCACGUCUGUUGGAGCGCAAUUACUCGCCUACAACGGUCGGAAUGAUGGUCUCUUCCAUGGUGCCAUUGCACAAUCUGGAGCUCCUGUCAGCCCCGGAGUCGACUUUGAUGUUGAUGACUGGGAGCCUAUCAUCGCCAAUAUCAGCAGAGCUACUCAAUGCAGCGGCACUGGCUCUGUACUCGACUGUCUCCGCAAAGUACCCACUGAUCAGCUCAACUCUGUUAUAAACUCUACCGUCACAAGAGGAGCCCGCUACGGCCCUGUGGUUGAUGGCGAUUGGUUCACUCAAACAGCUUCGCAAGCACUGUCCAACGGCGACUUCUUGAAGAUCCCAUACAUCAUCGGCGUCAAUGAGGCAGAAGGCGUAGGCUUUGGUCCGAGACAAAUCAAUACGACCCAAGAGAUCUUGGACUACAUUGUUGACUCGGGUUAUGAUAAUGCCACAGCUCACGAUCUUGCGAUACUGUAUCCUGAUAUUCCAGCUAUCGGCGUACCGAGCACUCUCCACGGCAGACCGAACUCUACCAUCGGACUUCAGUUCAAACGUAGCUCUGCCAUUGCUCAAGACAUGAGCAUGAACGCCGCAAGACGCCUGACAUCCCACUGGUGGGCAAGGCACGGUGCCAGAUCCUAUACCUACAUCUUCAAUGCCCUGGUCAAUAGCCUCUCCUACUUCUCAGGCGCAGUGCACUUCCAAGAGGUGGCUUUCGUCUUCUACAACACAGAAGGCCUAGGCUACCCGCAGAAUGGCAAUCCUAACCCUCUUGGUGGAUCUGAAAGUGAAUCCCUCGUCACACUGGCGAAGCAAAUAUGUCGUAUGUGGAUCAGUUUUGUGAACUAUGGUGAUCCAAAUAUGCAUCUGGGCUUGAAAGCAGAGCCUUGGAAUCCUGUUGACGCGGAAGAGCCUGAGUUCUACUAUUUCCAGCAGAACGAGACGUCGAAGUCGCUGCCUGAUAUCGUUCGUGCGGAGGGAGUGAGUUAU